CCAAAUAUCGCCGUCUCCCUAACCAUGACCUCGUUAUUGCGCGCAUUCGCGCUCAAUACCAGGCUAUGCGCUACGGCGCUCUCUAGGACUGUACCACAACGGCAUAUCCAGCCCAGUGCUCUCCUCCUUCUCCAACAAUACCGCUCUUUCCACGCGUCACCACCAGCCGCCGCUACAAUGAAUCAAGCAAUGAAGCGGAAAAAGCGACCCGUCCGACGCACCCAGCUUUCAAAAUCCCCUCUUUUAGACACCUCCCCGCAGAAAAAGGGCGUUUGUACUCAGAUUAUCAUUGCAAAGCCCAAGAAACCCAACUCUGCUAAGCGGAAGGUUGCUCGUGUGAAGCUGACCAACGGGAACUCGCUGCAGGCGUACAUCCAAGGAGAGGGACACAACUUGCAGGAGCAUAGUGUCGUUUUGGUUCGUGGUGGGCGUUCGAAGGAUCUUCCUGGUGUCAAAUACAAGGUCGUCCGUGGCGCGUUGGACUUUGCUGGUGUACCGGGUCGUAUGACAGCGAGAAGUAGAUAUGGGGCCAAGAAACCCAAAAAGUAAUCUUAUCCUUGUCGAGAUGACCUUGAAAAGUUGUAAUGCAUUUGUUACAAUCAUUGUUCAGAAUGAAUUACUUUUCGUGACACUCCAGAAGGUUAUUCCAGUUCACCGCGAAUUUUUUGACUGUUCCUUCGUACCCAGCAGCGCGUUCGUUUUGCAUCGAGAGACAUCUAGAGGAAGUCUCUAGUGCAUCUUCCAGUUCUUAUUCUUAUUGCUGAAGCGGAAGUCCUGAUUAUUGUGUUCCUUGGUCAUCCGUAUCGCUGCUUUCAAACACAGACAGCAAUUUUUACUUGCCCACCAGGUCGAAUCCUCCUGCAGACAUUAAGGUCCUUGAACCGUUAUCGGAAUUAUAUACUAUCAGCUACCCG